AGUCAGAGAGAGAAACGCGCAGCGGAGGCUGAAGGGACACCGGCACACCACAGUGCAUUUAUUCUUAAUUCCCGUAUCGUUAUUGACAGCUGGCUUUAGUGACAGUCGGAUUGGACUGAACACUUUCGGUUGAUAUCCACAUUUAAACUUUGGAGUCUCUUGUUUUCCCCUCUUCGGUUUUUGUAUUAUUGACUGGACGUAUAGCCUCCUGUGAGUGCCAGGACGCAUUUAUCACGGGGAUGUCUCACCCCGCAUCAAUGCAGUACAAGAGGCUGUUCGCGCAGUUGAUAUCAACGGUUGUGGAUGUAUAUUUUACUCUUGGGUCAACAUAUCUGUCCUGAAGCGCCUCCAGUCUGAGUCCAAGAGCGGUGGAGAGUCACUGCAUCCUAAUCAGCCUCAUUGACAUUACAAGCGCACUUUUGCGGAGCACUUUAUUUUUUUCAUACAAUCUAGUUGGAGGUUUUAUUUUUAUUUUUAUUUUUUCCCUCCACUCAUUGGGAAGGUGCACGAAGGAUGUAACUUGUCUUUGGUGAUGGUUGUGUUUAGACUGGAUAUAAAAUUACAGGCGAAAAGGCUGGGAAAGGCUAUUUCUUUGUGGAAACAGGAUUGCGAUUAUGCCUCCAAUGCGCCUGGGCGUUCAGCAGAAUAUAAAUUAGCUGCACAGCCUCACCGUUUGUUGUAAAAACUCAGGAUAAAGGGAUCCCUGCUACAGAGGAAAGAAAAGAGCAUUCAAAGGAAAAGCCCACAUAAUGACUUUAUCCAUUUUUUUAUCAUGAAUCGGCAUGUGUCCUCAGUAAUUGAAGGUAGAAAUUGUGAUAUUGCCGGGAAGAUCAACAGGUCGGAGGCGUAAAACGCAUCAGAAACCCAAGACACUCUCACUGAAAGGGAUGCAUCUUUCUGUUUUCCUUUUCCUACUUUUAUGGGCGCAAGCCCUGACGUUGAAAAACUUGAACUACUCUAUACCUGAGGAGAAAAUUCAGGGCGUCAUUGGAAACAUUGCCAAGGAUGCAGAGCUGGAACUGGGAGAGCAGGGGAAAAAAUCCAACUUCAGGGUGUUGGAGAACUCCGCCCCACACCUUAUCGACGUGGAUCCUGAAAGUGGGCUAUUGUACACAAAACAGAGGAUCGACAGGGAAACACUGUGCAGACAAAACACCAAGUGCCAGCUCUCCAUGGAAGUGUUUGCCAACGACAAGGAGAUCUGCAUGAUUAAAGUUGAGAUACAGGAUAUAAAUGACAACGCACCAAGCUUUCCUGCAGAACAGAUCGAUAUCGACAUAUCUGAGAACGCAGUCCCAGGCACACGUUUCCCCUUGGCUGCUGCCUUUGACCCUGACACUAAGGAAAAUGGCCUGAAAACAUAUCAGAUCACGCGCGAUGAUUAUAGCAUAUUCUCUUUGGAUGUUAAAUCCAGAGGGGACGGAACUAAAUUCCCUGAAUUGGUCGUUCAAAGGGCCUUAGAUCGAGAGGAACGUAGCCAUCACACCUUGAUUAUAACUGCCACAGAUGGAGGGGAAUAUCCCAAAUCAGGUACAAUGCAAAUCAAUGUGAAAGUCACUGAUUCCAAUGACAACAGCCCUGUGUUUGAACAGCCCACAUAUGUAGUGGAAGUCCCUGAGAAUUCACCCCCAGGCACGGUACUGAUAGAUUUAAAUGCUACAGAUCCCGAUGAAGGGGUUAAUGGGCAGGUUACUUAUUCUUUUAGCUGUUAUGUCUCAGACAGGAUCAAAGAGCUGUUCUCAAUAGACCCCCGAACGGGUGUGGUAAAGAUUCAGGGUAAAAUCGACUUUGAGGAGAACCCAAUUAUAGAGAUUGAUGUUCAGGCAAAGGAUCAAGGCCCCAACCCAAUUCCUGGCCAUUGUAAAGUCACCGUUAAAGUGCUUGACAGGAAUGACAACUGGCCAUCAAUAGGUUUCGUAGCUGUGCGUCAGGGGGCGGUUAGUGAAGCAGCAGCUCCAGGGACAGUGAUCGCACUCGUUAGAGUCACAGACAAAGAUUCAGGCCGCAAUGGGCAGCUCCAGUGUAGGAUUUUGGGGAAUGUUCCUUUCAAGCUGGAAGAGAACUAUGAUAACUUCUACACAGUAGUGACUGACAGACCCCUGGACAGGGAGGUUAAAGAUGAGUAUAACAUCACAAUUGUCUCCAAAGACAAUGGCAACCCACCCCUGAACUCAACAAAGUCUUUCACUGUUAAGAUUCUAGAUGAAAAUGACAAUGCACCCCGCUUCACAAAAAUGGUCUACCUCCUCCAGGUGCCUGAAAACAACAUCCCAGGGGAAUACCUGGGUUCUGUUCUUGCUCAUGACCCAGAUUUGGGCCAAAAUGGAACAGUAUCCUAUUCCCUUCUUCCUUCUAAUGUAAGUGAGGAAUCCAUCACUACAUAUGUUAACAUCAAACCCACUGAUGGUGCAAUUUAUGCCCUGAGGAGUUUUAACUAUGAACAAACCAAGUAUUUUGACUUUAAGGUCCAGGCGAAGGAUUCAGGUAACCCUCACCUGGAGAGCAACACCACUGUCCGUGUCAGUGUGCUGGAUGUUAAUGAUAACAUUCCUGUCAUUGUCCUUCCGUUACUUCAGAAUGACACUGCUGAGAUCCAUGUGCCUCGGAACGUGGGAGUCGGACACAUUAUCACCACCGUGAGAGCGGUGGACAAUGAUUUCGGUGAAAGCGGCCGUCUCACCUACGAGAUCUCGGAUGGCAAUGAGGAACACCUGUUUGAGAUUGACUCGGUGACAGGUGAGGUACGGACAGCCCAGCCAUUGUGGGAGGAGGUGGCACCUGUUGUGGAACUCAUCAUCAAGGUGACUGACCAUGGAAAGCCAUCACUGUCUGCCAUGGCGAAACUUAUCGUCAAAGCCUACUCCGGGCCCUUACCAGAGGGUGAACCACGCAUCAACGCAGAACACCAUAACUGGGACAUGUCGCUCCCACUAAUAGUAACCCUGAGUAUCAUCUCAAUUAUGCUCCUCGCUGCCAUGAUCACCAUCGCAGUCAAGUGCAAACGGGAGAACAAGGAGAUCCGCACAUACAACUGUCGCAUCGCCGAGUACACUCAUCCACAACUUGGCAAGGGCAAGAAGAAGAAGAUCAACAAGAAUGACAUCAUGCUAGUGCAGAGCGAAGUGGAGGAGCGGGACACCAUGAACGUGAUGAACGUUGUUAGCAGUCCCUCUUUGGCCACCUCGCCCAUGUACUUCGACUACCAAACUCGUCUGCCCCUCAGCUCUCCAAGGUCAGAAGUCAUGUACCUCAAACCCACCACCAACAACCUCAGUGUUCCUCAAGGGCACGUUGGCUGUCAUACCAGCUUCACGGGACCUGUUACGAACACCACCGAGACCCCAGUGAACAGGAUGUCAAUAAUACAGACAGACAAUUUUCCUGCUGAGCCCAAUUACAUGGGUAACAGGCAGCAGUUUGUUCAAAGCAGCUCGACGUUCAAAGAUCCGGAGCGAGCCAGUCUCAGAGACAGCGGGCACGGGGACAGCGACCAAGCGGACAGCGAUCAGGACACUAAUAAAGGCUCCUGCUGUGACAUGUCUGCUAAGGAAGCGCUCAAGAUGAAGGCCACUGGGCUCAAGCCUCAACCACUUGAGCAGGAGGAGGAUUGUGUCAACUGCACAGAAGAGUGUCGAGUGCUCGGUCACUCUGACCGUUGUUGGAUGCCCCAGUUUACCACAGGAGCCGGAGGAGCGGGAACUCCCCAAGGCGAGGGCUCGGACUACCGCACCAACCUCUUCGUACCAGCAGGCAUGGAGGCAGUCGCAGUGGAGACCGAAACUUAUGAGACGGUUUGCAACCCCAAUGGCAAAAAAACUUUCUGCACAUUCGGAAAGGAGCGUCGGGACCACACCAUCCUCGUGGCAAAUGUUAAACCCUACCUAAAGACCAAACGUGCCCUCAGCCCUCUCUUGCAGGAGGUCCCGUCUGCCUCAUGUAGCCCCACCAAAGGCUGCAAUACUGGUUCCCCAUGCUCUUCGGCCAAAGGUAUGGGUGACGGAGCUGAAAGCAAGCCCAGCACCAGCCACUACGGACCCCCAGAUGGACAGUACAUCUCCCCAAACAAGCAGAACAGAGAGCAGGGCUACUCCACGCUGCCUCACUCCGACCCCGUAGCCAAAGUCCUGGCCGCAGCACGUUCACGAAUCAGCCAGGAGACGGCGGUGGAAAUGGACAGCGUUUUGGAGCAAGGCAGAGGAGAGAUGGGCCGUGGAACCAUGGACGCAGACCAGGUGGUCAGAGAUAUCGACAAACUGCUGCAGGAUUGUCGGGGAAAUGAAAACUCCCCCGUCAGAAAGUAGAAAAAACUUUGCUAGCAUAAUAAACUACACUGGAGGAAACAUGGACCAAGUUGAGGCGCUCUCCGAGAGAGUGUGGCUGGAGCAGAUGAGGACGUUUUGCGAGGACAAAAAAAAAAACAUGUGUACGUUGUGAAGAUCUUGACGAGUAAACAUAGGGAGCAAAAGAACAGUUUGCUUUCGUUCAUUUGGACGCUGUGUUGUGUUUGUUUGUGGCAAGGGAAUUUCUUCGGAGUUGCAGAAGUUGCUGCUUCUGGCUUCUUGUGAGCUUUUUCUUCUUCUUCAAGUGCCCACCAGCUUCAAACUCUUUCUUACAGUGACGUCUUUAUGUCACUGAACCACAGAUGGAGCGUCCCACCCUUCCCCUACAGGGAAUUUUGUAGGAGAAGGGAUGGACGAAAAUGGUUUGUUUUGACAAUCGCAAGUCAAAAGGGUUUGGGGUGCAUCGGAUGCCCCAGAAUGGUUGGACCACACCAAGACAAAGACACUCUCUUUAACUUUUAUUGGCUUUGUAAUAUCAGCAUAAGUACAAAUGAUAUCAGCAAACUCUGAGGGUGUGUGGGGCCAUGAAUUUUUAGGGCGGGUGGGGAGGGUUGAUUAUGAAAUGUAACCAUUCUUCACCUGUCAUUUUUAAUCAUGUGUAUACUGUGCCCUCCCCCAUGUAUACGUACAUAUGGAACAUUCCAGAACGGUGAACCUGUUACUCUUGCUCACUUAUUGGUCCUCUGUGAUCAUCUGUCUUCAGCUUUUCACUACUUUUAAAGUGACUCUCCACGUGUCUGACGUUAAGUUAUAACAGUCACUCUCUUGUAUAUUAGGGACAAUUUUCUUCAACUGUGAAAAGAUAUAUCUAUAUAUAUACAUAUAGAUUAAUAUAUAUAUAUAAAUAUAUGAACUUAUGUAUAUUGUCCAGAUAACAAUGAAAAUAUUUAUACAUUUUGUAAAAAAAAAAAGCAAAAAAAAAAACAAAGGUGGGGGGAAAAAACAAUCUUAACCCCUUUGCGUGCAAGCAUCGCUGACGGCCCCAGUUUAUUAUUGUUUCACUUUCACAGCACAUUAAACAUCACUGUCUUACUUCAUCUGGACAAACUGUGCAUCAAUGGAAAGUUUAAAGACUCUAGCUUCGAUAUUUGACCAAUAUUUUGAUAAAACAUUGUUGCAGUGACAGAUAUUUAGUGAUUUAUGUCAGGAGUGCAAAAUAAUAAAUCCGUAUUAUGCCACAUUUUGAAUAGAAAUUCACAACUCACUUAUAUUCAGUCACGUCAAAAGCGGUUUAUUUGUGUUCACAUAGACUCACUGAACAGCGUCAAUAAGGAUUUACAGACCAAAGAUGCAUAUCUGCGGAGAUAUAUGGAUAUAUUUACUGAUGUUUACUUCAUAUUUCUUCAGACAGAAUCGUAAUUUCUAUUCAUUUUCCACGGAUUUACGCGAUCAGAUGAUAAACAGCCUCUCCCAGCGAUCUGUGUGUGCGUGCAGUAGUCACAGCUUGUGCGGUGUGUGACUCAGACUCUGAUUGGGUCUUUCAAACGUCAAUCUUAGAGUUUCAUAUCUGGACACCGCCCCAUCGUGUCACAUGCUUCCUGCACACUUCCUGGUAGUUAUCUGGCCAAAACAACACUGAAACACCUCUGUACACACAAAAUAUCCGAAUAAUAAACCCGCGAUUACGAUAGUAAAGCUUGGUAUGAGAAUUUCUUGAGAUCUGGGGCGUUUUUAUAAAAAAAAUCGAAAAUGUACAUCGGAAAUGCUAACUUGUGCAGCGAUGAAAAAGGCUACAAAUAACAUAUUUUUACAACAGUAAACGACCAAAUUCCGCCCCUGAUCGCUAAAGGAAGUUAUUAUAAACACUCGAUCGGGGUUUAAAGUGAGUUUUGAGUAAAAGUGUACUAAUAAUUUCAUAAAUUAUCAGAUGUAGCUUGAUGCUAACGUUAGCACCAAUGCUACUAAUAGCAGGUGCUUUUCUUCUUCAUAAUGCAUUUUUGUCUCAAUAAUUCACGUAAGGUCGUAAGAAAAUGUUUUGUUGUAUUUUUAUAGUAAGACUUUUGAUAAAUAAGGGCUAAAUGCAAAGAGAGACUGAAGUGAGAUCGCUGCUUUGUGUCUUUGUAAAGCCUGAAAAACCACAAUCAAGGCUAAUAAAGGUGGAAUAAAAACAAAAGAAUAAUGAUAAAAGAAUAAUGCGGAUAAUGUGUCAUACUUGGCGGAGGUGUGAAAGAACCGUUUGGUGAGAACAAUACAAUCAUGAUUCGGGCAGUUUUCAACAGUGAAACAUACACAAAGAGCACAGGAAUGUUUACAUGUGAGAUCUUACAGAGAUGACAAGGGCCAUAAAUCAAUCUGAUUAGCCUUCUCUAAAAACACACAUGACAUGGCCUUAGAAAAUAUUUCAUAAAAUUCACAGUUUUACAGAUUCGAUUAUGAAAUUUUUUAUGAAGUCUUGGAAGACUUGUGGCCUUAGCUACACUGUGUUUUCAAACUCAUUUCCUACAUCAACAUUUUUUUAAAUACAUUUAAAACAUAUGUUUUUAAUAUUUUUAUUUUUGUUUUUAUGUUUGAGCUUAUAUAUCUCUAUUAUCAUAACAGUCUGAGUGAUUCUGAUUCCUGAACAGUAAACUUUAAAGUGUCAGCUUUGUGAACAAAGGUUGAUUAUGUAUCUAGUCAGAAAGAAUCAUGAGCAGAAACCUUUUUAUUUUGGGUAUGUAAUUUCGGUCUCCAUGCCAAAAAAGGGGGGUUACUAGUAAGGGGUUAAACAAUAGGGUGUGCACAGGAUGAAAACGCAGUUGAAAAUAUUUAUGAAACUGUUUCGAUUCCAGAAAAACAAUACAUUAACAACAAAAUAAAAUAAAAAAUGUCCCUUCACAUUGUCACUUAUACACAAUACCAUUUAAUGUGCAAAAUGUAUCCAAUUUAAUGUGUUUACAUCAAAACAACAUUUUUAUUGAUUUUUUUCUGCCGUUUCUGUGCAUUUGAGCCAAAUUGUUACGUGUAAAAGAGCUAUAUUGUGUAUUUUAUUAAAUUAAUAUAUGGUUGUGUUGUAAUAUA